AUGCUGGCAAAUCGAGUACGACAGCCUGCGGCGCAAUUUACCCGCCACCUCCGUCCGACCCUCGCGACAGGCCGAUCUCUGAAUGCUCCAUGGCGACGAUUGGCAAGUGGUAAAGCGAGGCAAACACCCUCCAACUGGAUUACUACUUCGCUCGGAGUUGCGGUCGCAGGUACAGCAGGCUUCCUUGGCUAUUCAUACCUGACCAGCAACUGGAAAGAAACAUGGAUCGACAGCCAGCUGCCUAAGAACGAAGUCGUUGAUAUUAACGACCUUCGCGCGGACUUUAUUCAGGAGAAGAGAAGUCUCAAGAGCCCUGGGGUCUACACUUGGGGAUCGAACGAAUAUAAAGUGGUGGACCCAGGAUCGAAAGACACCGACGUCAAAUCUCCCCGACGAUUCAAGUAUUUUAAUGGUCAGGUGCUUCGGGAUUUCAAAGUUGACGAGAAGUCUGGCGCUGCAAUUGCAGAGAAUGGUGAUCUCGUGCAGUGGGGUAAGGGCUUUUCUGAGACCGAGUUCAAGCCCAGCAAGACCCUGACUGGCAAGAACUUGAUUUCUCUUGCAUUGUCCGAGAGUCGACUCAUCGCUUUGUCCUCCGAUGGAAAUAUCUAUUCCAUUCCUAUCUCCAAGUCGGAACAAACCAGUGGUCCGAAAGCCCGGGAGAGCUCCUGGGUGCCCUUUUGGGGAGGAAAGUCUGCUUUGAGCUACCGCAUUCUAAAGCCAGCCUUGAAGCUUGGUGAAAAGGUCACCGCGAUCUGCGGUGGCCAAGAACAUGUUGUCAUGCUCACAAGCUCUGGUCGUGUCUUUACAGCGGCAUCAUCAACUGAAAAAUAUCCAAGCCUCGGUCAACUAGGUGUGCCUGGCUUGACCUGGUCCACUAGGCCUAGUGGACCGGCAGACCAAUGCCAUGAAGUCACAACUCUGAAGGGCUCUAAGGUGACUCAAAUUGCCUCUGGUGACUACCACUCACUGGCGUUGACUAAGGAUGGCCGUCUCUUUGCUUGGGGAGACAACUCAUUCGGGCAACUAGGCGUGGAAUUUGAACCCUCGGCAGCUUUCAAGGACACUCCUUUUACUCUUCCCGCGGAAAAAUACUACCGAAAGGCAUUUUAUUCCCCGACCAUCACGAGUGUUGCCGCUGGUGGAGCCACCACUUUCUUCACCGUUGACUCUAAGCGAAUUCUGGGUAGCGAAGAAGACGCUACCAAGGUACGCGAUCUAGGCACCGUCACUGCUGAGACCUGGUCUUGCGGUAGAGGUAUCUGGGGCACUUUGGGUGCCGGUAAAUGGAUCCACAUUCAAGACUCACCCACCAAAGUGAAGGACCUGAGUGGCUUGGGCGAAUACGACGAGAAGAUGAAGCAGCUAGCCCCCAUUCGUCUACGCCACAUGUCCGUCGGCACAAAUCAUGUUGCUGCGGUGUUGGAUAAUAAGACAACCAUCAGUGCUAAGAACACUGACUCGCUAGAUAAGUCAAAGGACUUCGGCUAUGAGGUCUCCUGGUGGGGAGGCAACGAGCAUUUCCAACUUGGAACUGGAAAGCGAAGCAAUCAAUCUCGUCCGACCCAUAUCAAGGCACCUUCGGAGUCGAAGAAACCAGAGCCUGAAGCACGACUACAGAUUAUGCCCCGACACAAAGGUCCCGUUGGUAAGCGUAAUAUGAGUAUGGAGCAGCGGGUUGAGUGUGGCCGACAUGUGUCUGCUAUCUAUUCAGCUGUAUAA